CCAAACUGCAAUAGUUUCGAUUCGAUACAACAUGAUCAGGCACUCGGUGGUGAUCGAUUGAUUAGAAGGGCUCGUUCAAGAUGCCUCACUCUGAGCAGAAAGAUGCUCCCCUUGUCAAACGCCAGAGAGUCGGCGCCCCAGCCAAAACUGCCUCUCACCCGCCAAAAGGAUCCAGAAUUUUUGCGCCGUUCAGGACCGUGGGCCUAGUCUCUCCUACCACUGUUCCUUUCACUUCGAUACCCCUGGGGAAAACGACAUUCCAAGUAACCACCUCCGUGGGCCGAUCUCUUCAGACGUACGACCUCAAGCGCGGUCUCAACCUCGUCUUCAUCACUCGCCCCCAGGCUCCUGCCGAUAUAACAGCCACCUAUGCAUGGAAAGAGAAGGUCUUUGCCGCAUGGGGCGACUCGCGCAAUGGAGGCCCUCAAGGGUUCUGGGUCUUUCAGCGGGGCAAGAAGGUCGCAGAACUGGCGCUGCCCAGCGACCUUGACCAGCCUAUACGGCAGAUCCUCAUCUUCGGUUCUUGGAUAGUGGCGUGCUGCUCGACGAGAAUCGAGGCAUGGAAGACUUCCACCUACGAGCACUACACAACUCUGCACACCGUUGCGUCCAAGACAGGGGACAAUGAGCUGACUGGUGGCGUUUGCAACAUGCCAACCUACUUGAACAAGAUAUUCGUGGGCCGUCGGGAUGGCUGGGUCGAAAUCUGGAACAUUAGCACGGGGAAAUUGGUCUACACUAUUCUGCCCCCGUCGCCAAAGUGUGGCGCUGUCGCCUGCCUGGAGCCUACACCAGCCCUGUCGCUGCUCGCCAUUGCCUAUUCGAACGGCCCUCUGAUCAUCCACGAUGUUCUCGUGGACAAGAGAAUAGUACAGCUCAUGGCAGGCACGGAGGAGGCACCAGUUUCGACAAUCUCGUUUCGGACGGAUGGCCAGGGCGCAGGACACGACGGCCGCAAAGACGGUGUGAUGGCGACUGCAACGACGAAAAAUGGCGACAUUACGUUCUGGGACCUGAACAAAGGUGGACGGGUCAUGGGUGUUCUUCGCAGCGCCCACAACCCACCAGCAGCGGAGGGUCCCACGAUUGGCGGUGGAGUAAGCAAGGUCGAGUUCCUUCCCGGCCAACCCGUCAUCGUCACCAGUGGCCUGGACAACUCCUUGAAAUCGUGGAUUUUCGACGAGUCUCCGUUCACUCCCAUACCGCGCAUCCUGCAUUCCCGAAGCGGACAUUCUGGGCCUGUAACGUGUCUCGAAUUCCUGCCAUCCGACUUCGACGGCUCCGAGGCUGGCAACAAGUGGCUAUUGAGUGCUGGAAAGGACCGAAGUCUCUGGGGAUGGAGUUUACGUCGCGACGGCCAGAGUACCGAGCUGAGCCAAGGAGCCAUCAGGAAAAAGGCAAAGAAGAUUGGCAUCCUAUCCCAGUCUGCACUCAGCCACGGACCGACAACCACCCUUGAUGACCUGAAAGCACCUGAAAUCACAUGCAUAUCGUCAUCGCUCAACCGCGACGGUGGCAUGGGAGCCAUCCCCGGCAAACAUCAAAUCUGGCAAAAAGGAAACGUUCAGAAGAAGAACGACGCUGAGAUCAGCGGGAUGACUGGCUGGGAAAGCGUAGUCACUGGUCACAAGGACGAUCCUUAUGCGCGAACUUGGUUCUGGGGUCGGAAGAGGGCUGGUCGGUGGGCAUUCCAGACAGGCGAUGGUAUGAACGUCUCCACAGUUGCCAUAAGUCACUGCGGCACUUUCGCGCUGGUGGGCUCAGAGGGCGGCAGUAUCGACAUGUUCAACUUGCAGUCAGGUGUGCACCGACAGCGCUUCCCCUCGCGUCUGACCCCGGCGCAAGCCAGGCAACUUCGGAUCCACCAGUCAAAACAGGCGGAUUCUGUCGAGGAGUUCCAAGCUCGAUCAAGCUUCAACUUCACCCCGGGAAGUGGCAAGCACACCAAGCCAGUGACCGGCAUCGUCGUCGAUUCGAUGAAUAAGCUUGUCAUAUCAUGCUCCUUGGACGGUACGGUCAAGUUCUGGGACUUCCUCACGGGCAAUUUGCGGGAGCAAAUCGAUUGGGCUCCCAUGACAAAAGUAACAGGCUGCCGGUAUCACGCGGCGAACGACCUCAUCGCCUUUUCCUGCGACGAUAAUUCCAUUCGCGUGGUGGAUAUUGAAACUAAAAAGACCAUCAGAGAAUUCUGGGGCUGCAACGGUGCUAUCAACGACUUCUGCUUCUCCAACGACGGGCGCUGGGUUGUCGCAGCGUCACAAGAUUGCGUCUUGCGAAUUUGGGACCUCCCUACAAGCCAUCUCAUCGAUGCCUUCAGGUUUGAGACACCAUGCACGGCUCUGGCCUUCUCAGGGACCGGAGAGUACCUAGCCGUGUCGAACGCAGACCAGUUGGGGGUGAACAUCUUCACGAACAAAGCCGUGUUCAAACACAUUCCGACGAGACAGAUAUCGGAAAGUGAGAUUGGCCAGAUCUCAGGUCCUACAACCUCAGGUGAAGGCGGUCAAGGCUUGCUGGAGGCCGCAUUCGAGGAGGACACCGCAGAGGAUGAGGGAGACGGCGUGGCAGCUCCAAGUCUGGACCAGCUAAGCGCGGACAUGAUGACGUUGAGUCUGGUGCCCAAGAGUAGGUGGCAGACUCUUCUACACCUCGACCUGAUCAAGAAGCGCAACAAGCCGACAGAGGCACCCAAGGCACCCGAGAAGGCACCCUUCUUCCUGCCGUCGGCCUCUGGCGACAAGGCUCAAAAUCGUGAUGCCCCUGCCAAUGCGAAGGAAGAGGACGAAUCCAAAUCGAGAAUAACGAAGCUCGACUGGAGCCGGUCGUCGCAGGCAACGUUCUCGGCGAGGCUCCGCGAUGGCGCUGUGGGCGGUAAUUAUGACGACUUCAUCGAGCACAUGAAAUCACUGUCGCCCUCAGCUGCCGAUCUCGAGCUCAGGUCGCUUUCGAUUGGUGACGCCGGUGACAGCGAGGAGAACGAGCUGCUCCACUUUAUCCGCGCGGUGACGGCUAGGCUAGUAGCCAGACGAGACUACGAGCUGACGCAGGCUUGGAUGACAGUAUUCCUCAGACUUCAUUUUGAUGUCACCAUGGAGAGCGAGGUCCUGCUCAGGGAGCUGAAGAGGUGGAAGAGUCAUCAGGAGAAGGAGAAGGACAGGCUUGAUAACCUUGUGGGCUACUGUGGUGGUGUCGUUGGUUUUAUUCGGAGUCCCAGGACAUAGUAGAUACCGGGUUAUUAAUUAGAUGGAUCUGAUCCUCCA